AUUCUGUUAAAAAUUUAAAUCAUAUGUAAAUGGGUUGUUUUCCUGUUAAUUUGCAAUAACUAUACAGGAAUCAUUUGAUUUUUCAACACAUAACAGUUUUAAUCUUUGAGUAUAUUUAUUUUGUUAAAAUUCUAACAAUAUGACAUCAUUACCAACGAAAAAGAAGUUUCCUUUAUCAGCUAGCGCUGAUUCCUACUAUAUGCCAGGAGUUGCCAAAGGAUUAUUGGCCUAUACGAGAUCCGAACUAGGAUACAAAAACGCUACACCGUCAGAUCCAUUUGGAAAACCACCUCCAGGUUAUAUACCAGGGAAGGGAAGGGGUGCUACAAGUUUCGCAGGCGGUGUAUCUCGAGAUGACACUCAUGAUGAUAGUGAUGCUAAUGAUUUGGGAGGUCCAUAUCAAGUCCACUGUGAGAAUGAACAGCUUUUUAAGGACGCUGUAUACGAUGACGACGAUAAGGAAGCAGACUUAGUAUACGAGUCAAUUGACUCCAGAAUGGAUGAAAGACGCAAAUCAAGAAGAGAACAAAAUUUAAAAAAUGAAAUUUCUAAACUUCGUAGUGAAAAGCCUACUAUUCAUGAACAAUUGGCGCAAUAUAAGCGUAAUUUAUCAACUCUGUCAAAAGAGGAGUGGGAAUCAAUUCCAUAUAUCGGAGACUACUCACUGAAGAGAAAACAGCAGAAGAAGCUACAGACUUAUGUACCACCUCCAGACAGCUUAAUUUACUCCUCAAGAGCAAAUAUGCAACACACUUCAUCUAUUGGGACUGAAACUCCCUUGGGCUUUUCCACGCCUUUGGGGAUUAUGGGAGCUAAAACACCACUUGGAAUGCAAACUCCAGGUGGAUUCACGACUACUUCAGGAAGAAAAUCGACACUUAAUCUACUCGGAGAAGCUAGAGGAGAAGUCUUAUCCUCAACGCUUGACAAGGUCACAGAUAACCUUUCAGGGCAAACUGUAGUUGACCCCAAAGGGUAUUUAACAGAUUUAAACUCAAUGAAAACUGAGUUUGAGGAAGCUGAUGUUCAAAAGGCUAGAACAUUACUGAAAUCGCUGAUUAGUACUAAUCAGAAGCAUGCUCAGGGCUGGAUCGCAGCUGCAAGAAUGGAAGAACUUGCAGGCAAAAUUGAGGCUGCCAGAGAAAUAAUCGCUCAAGGAUGUGAAAAUUGCCCGGAUAAAGAAGAUGUCUGGUUAGAAGCAGCUCGUUUAGAAAAGCCAGAAUACGCCAAGUCAAUCCUCGCCAAAGCCAUUAAAAUCAUUCCGACCUCGGUAAAAUUAUGGCUUGAAGCUGCUGAUAAAGAGACUUCAAAUGAUAAUAGAAGGAGGGUAUUGAGAAAGGCACUAGAGUUUAUACCAAACUCGAUAAGGUUAUGGAAAGAGGCUAUUUCAUUAGAGAAUGAAACAAAUGCAUAUAUACUGCUGAAAAGAGCAGUAGAAUGUGUACCAGAGUCACUAGAUAUGUGGCUAGCACUCGCAAGGUUAUGUCCAUACGAAGAGGCACAAAAAGUGUUAAACGAGGCUAGAAAGAAACUUCCAACUAAUGUUGAUAUCUGGAUCACAGCAGCUAAAUUAGAAGAAUCAAACAAUAACUACGAGAUGGUUGAGAGGAUUAUAGUGAGAGCAAUUGAUAAUUUGUCGAAAAAGGGAGUAGUUCAUAUUAGAAGUAACUGGUUAAAACAAGCUGAAACUGCAGAAGCAAAUUCGUUUGUUAAAACAGCACAAUCAAUAAUAAAGAACACUAUGACUAUUGGGGUGGAUGAGCAUAACAGGAAAUCAGUUUGGUUAGAAGAUGGUGAAACUUUUGUGGAACAUGGCUCAUACGAAUGCGCAAGAGCACUGUAUAAGAAUGCACUUGAGUAUAUGAAGACAAGAUCGUCACUUUGGCUGGCACUAGUUGAAUUGGAGUCAAAACACGGAACACCUGAUAAAGUUGAAGAUCAUCUCAGAUCGGCGGUAUCGUAUUGUCCAAACUCUGAAAUCUUAUGGUUAAUGUAUGCGAAGCAUAAAUGGGUCGAAGGUGAUGUGGAAUCUUCAAGAGAUAUUUUAUCAAGAGCUUUGACAAUGAAUGAGAAUAAUGAAGCCAUUUCAUUAGCAGCUGCUAAAUUAGAUAAAGAAACCCAUGAAUAUGAUAGAGCAAGGAAAUUGCUCGAAAAAGCACGAACUCGUUGUAACACACCAAAGGUUUGGAUGAAGAGUGUACAGUUGGAGCGACAAUUGAAGAAUUAUGAAAAGGCACUAGAAUUGGUGGACAAGGCUCUUGAAAUACACCCAUAUUUCGAUAAGCUAUGGAUGAUUUCAGGACAGUUGAAACUAGAAAAACAUCCAAAAGAUGUUGAAGGAGCCACAUUAACAUAUAAACAAGGAGUUGAAACUUGUCCUUGGAGUGUUAAUUUAUGGCUCUUGUCAAUUGAGUUACAGAUAGAAUUGAAGGAGUUUGCAAAGGCCAGAGCUUUGGUGGAGACUGCAAAGAAUAAAAUCAGAACAAUAUUAGGCUCAAAUAUUAAGAAAAAUACUGAUAUCACUAAAGUGCAAACGAAAGUGCUCUCAAAUUCAGAACUGUCAAGGAUGGCAAAGCUUUCAAUGGACUCCGACGAUCCUGACUCCGUAAAGGAAAUGAUCGAAAACAUCAUUUCACAAUGUGAUUUGAUAUGGCUGAAAGGAGUUGAAAUUGAAAUGGAAACCGGCGUUCAUGAAAACGCCCACUUUGCAAUGUCAAAAGCGCUUCAGGAACUUCCUGACUCUGGUCUUCUCUGGGCACGCUCAAUAUUCCUCGAAGAACCCAAUGCACAGAAAACCAAAGCAGCAGAAGCGUUGAAGAGGAACCAGAAUUCGCCGCAUAUAGUUUUAGCAGCUGCAAAGAUAUUCUGGAAUUGUAAGAUGAUAGAUAAGGCUAGGAGGUGGUUUCAAACAUGCAUAACUCUGGAUGAAUCAAAUGGGAUUUCUUGGGGAACCUUCAUAGCUUUUGAACUUGACUGUGGGACUGAGGAGUCAAUGAAACAGGCGAUAAAUAAGUUUAUAGAGGCAGAACCAAACAGAGGGUACGAGUGGUGUAGAGUCACCAAAAAGGUUGAAAACUGGAACAUUCCUCUUCCACAAAAGCUGUACAAGUUUAUACAGGAAUACUACCCUGAAGUUCUCACAGAUAAAGUGCCCAAAGAUGUAAUGGAGGUGCUUAAUCCGACGGAAGUAAAGAAGGAAUCAGAUUAAAUUUUAAUGUAACAAUAUUAAAACUUUUAAAUUUAAGUUAAUCUUUAGUGUUA